AGGCACAAUUGUAACAAAAGGCCCUCUUGAUCGAGAGGUAACGGAGCAGUAUUCUCUCAGAGUCACGGCAACAGAUGGAAUUCAGUCAUCGUCAUGCAUGGUACGAAUAAACGUACAGGAUGUCAACGACAACGCCCCGAAAUUUACCAAGUCAUUCUACUCCUUUGAUAUAUUGGAGGAUACAGAUAUAGAUACGACAGUUGGCAGUAUACGGGCAUAUGAUCCAGAUGAAGGUGAAAAUGGACGUGUGGCCUACUCGCUGACCUCCGGUUGGGGUAAUGACACAUUUAGCUUAGAUGCUGAAAAAGGGACGUUCACACUUCUUCGGUUAUUAGAUUUUGAAGAGAACCAGCUUUACACAGUCCAGGUGAACGCUUAUGACUUUGGCAAUCCGGCGCAGACCAGCUCAGUUCUGGUUUACUUCAAUGUCAAGGACACCAACGAUAAUACACCAGUGUUUGAGCAAGGAAUAUAUGAUGUGGCUAUCUUAGAGAAUGUUACUGUGGGAACCAGCAUUGUCCAAGUCCAAGCCCCAGAUGUUGACACAG